CCACUGCUUCCACACCUUCAGUCUACAUUCACGCUGCGCUCCCGACCACACGUCCAAUUGCUUGUCUGUCUCCCUGACUCCUUGGGUAGCUGUUGGCCUGUCUGUUACACCAAGAGGCGAGGAACACCCUGAACAAUGCACAGAAGACCAACAUCCACACUCCUGAUGGUGUGCUGGGCCGCUGUCCUUGUGGCACCUGAGUCAGCAGUGAGCAGCCCGUUACCACAAAACACCUUCGAUUUACCUCCCAUCACAGCCUCGGAAGUGGAGCUUCAGCGUGUAGCGGUAUCAAACAACAGACCAGAGUUAACACCCUCAGCUCUGACUGAAGACUUCUCAGACGCCAUCUAUGCCGGGAGGUUUGCCAAGGAGCUGGUCAGGCUUGAGAGGUCUAGGAAUCCCGUCUACGUUAACUUUAUCUACUCCGGAUUCAUUGACAGUGAGAUCCCACGAGACUUGCCCUCUGACCUACAGCAGCUCUCUCGUACCCCAGCCUCCCCCAUCGCAGGACCCAGGGAUGUCACCUUCCCAGGUGCUAGGGGCGCCAGAUCACGUCCUUCUGCACAAAUCUUUAGUCUUAGCCCUACAGUGCUCACGCCCCAAAGGUUCGUUCCACAAGUAGGUGUUGACCGACGCGCCUUCGUGCAAGACACCAGAGCCAGAGGAUUCCCCUUCGCCAGGCGAGCCGGGCCAGCAUUCGCCAAGUAAUCCAGAAUUAGUCGCCAACUCAUUCCCGUCUCUUCAUUGCAAGAUAAUCCAGACCACAUCGUUUUCAAGUAAUCCAAAUAAUCCGGGCCAAAACAUUUUCAAGUAAUCCGGGCCAAAAUGUCUUUAAGUAAUCCAGGUAAUCCCGGUGCCAACAUCUUCAAAUAAUCCAAGUAAUCCAGGCACCAAAACGUCUUGAAGUAAUCCGAGAUGUAAUCCAAGCGCCAACAUUUUCAAGUAACCCAAAAUGUAAUCCAAACUAAUCCACCGUGGAGCGCCCCGUCAACAUAAUAAUACUCGUAUUUAUGUGUAAGUCCUCGUCUAACAACCUAUACGGAUUACAUAACAAAUACACAUUAUACACAAUUGUUGAGGGGAAUUAUAGCAAGGUAGAUUUAAUUGUGUUUAUUGUUUAUUAAAAAAAAUAUUAAUAUAUUUUUUUUUAUAAUAUUGAUCUUGCUUGAUGGAUAAAUAGUGAAUAUAUAUUAAUUAAUGAGGAUAGCAGGUAAACAACUCAUCAUUAUAUAUAUAUAUAGUCAAUCCGUCAAUCUAUUUUGAUAUCCUAUAGAACUUUUAUAGUGGUAUACGACUAUGUUGUUAUUGAAGUUGAGAUGGAAUACACUGACGAUCAAAACAAAUAACCGGUAGUAAUCAAUUUUCUCGUAUAAUAAAUUAGUCAAUCACUUAGUUAAUCAAUUAAUAUGCCAAUCCCUCAACCACUCAAUUAGUUAAUGAAUUAAUAUGUCAAUGUGUCAACCAAUCAACCCGUUAAUUUCUAUCUUGCUCAGAGUACCAACCACAUAUAAACGUUCCCAUGACUCUAGCCGAUGGUCGAAACAGCUGUACAGUCUAACAUCAGCCAUACAGUAGAGGUGAUUAAUGUAAGGAAUAAAUAAAUAAGUAAAUAAGUAAAUAAAUAAAUAAAUAAAUUAGAAAAAGCUUUAAAUUAUCUGAGAAUCUCGUCCAUGAUACAAAUGAAUGAUGAUGACCACCUGAUGAUGCCAUUUUCUAUAUCUCUUUACGUCUGUAUAUGUCUCUCUCUCUCUCUCUCUGUCUCUCUCUCUCUCUAUGCCUAUCUCUCUCUGUCUCUAUCUCUCUCCACCAAUUUCUUCCUCCUCAUAAAAUCCUCCGUUUUUUUUUCUCUCCCAUUAUUUUGUCUCCUUUUCUGUCUCUCAUCUCUUCCUAUCUUAUCUCUGCUAUCUCUCCUUCACAGAUCCUUCUAUACGUGCUAUUAGGUUUAAGGAUUCAAUUAUACUUGUGUUAAGAAUCAGUUAUAGAUUCUAAGGAAGGACUCUCAUAUGCUUUACUAAAUUAUAGGAGCUAUAAUUGGCAUAUGAGUUGGUUGUUACCUUUAGAUAACUAUUCUCAGUAGGUUGGUGAUGUAAAACGAAAAGUAUAAUUAUUUUUGUUUUCAGAUAAGAAGUAUUUAAGACUUUUGUUAACUGCUAGGGUUUUUUUUUAGCAGAUCUCAUAUUUUAAAAGAUUAUUUAUAUAUAUUUUGUUGUUGUUGUUGUUUGGUGUAUGGUUGUAGUGAAUGAUAUUAAAGCGGUGUUAGUAAAUGUAUAACAACAAUAACAAUGAAGAUAUUUUCUUUAUUAAUUUUAAGUAAUUUUUUUGUUCAUUAUGAUUCUUAUCUUUUAUCUAGAUAUUAUUCCAGUGAUUAAUUCUUCGUUAUCACCACCUGCUAUUAUUACUUUGUUAUGUAUGAUAUCAAGAAGAAGUUUUACACUAUCAGAUUUUUUUUUAUUGUGAUGUGUAUUAAAAAUUUUGGCUUCUUAUCGUGUUAUAUUAUAUACACUUGUUUAUCAUCUCUUAUCUGAUAAUUGUAAUAAAUUAUCCAUUACGUC